AUGGGGUGUGCGGUUGGAGUGCAAAAGCUGGAACAUCUAAAGAUUCCGCUCGAGGAUAUAAAAGCAGCCACAGAGAGUUUUGACAUAAAAUAUCGUAUUGGGUCAGGAGGAUAUGGUGAAGUGUACAAAGCGAAACUCAAAAUAAAGUGUAAAGAUGAACAUCCUUAUAUGCCUAGCAAUGUAGCUAUAAAGCGCAUCACAAUGAGUAAAUGUAAGCAUCCCAACAUAGUCUCGCUUCUUGGAUUUUGUGUUGAAGAUAGUGAAAUGCUUCUUGUCUACGAGCUUGUUUCUAAGGGAAGUUUGGAUGAAUAUUUGGCAAGCGUUGAUAGGAUGAUUGAUUUUACAUGGAAAAAACGUCUACGUUUGUGCAUUGAUAUAGCACAAGGAUUGAAACACAUGCACACAACCAUGGAGUGCCAAAAUGGGAUAAUACAUCGAGAUAUAAAAAGCGCCAAUAUUCUGUUGGGUGAAAAUUUAGAAGCCAAAAUUGCUGACUUCGGGCUCUCUAGAGUUCACCAUGGGAAUGAAGGGGUAAGCACCAUCAAUACGCAAACUCUUGCUGGCACAGACUUCUACUUGGAUCCAGAAUAUGCAAGGACAGGUAGAUUAAAAAAAGCAUCAGAUAUUUACUCCUUUGGAGUAGUUUUAUUUGAGAUCUUCUCAGGGAAGUUGGCCUAUGAUUCAAGCUACAUUAAGACAAAUGAGAAGGGGCUUGCAGCCAUCGCACGAAGACACUUCAAAAAAGGAACACUAAAAGAAAUAUUAGAUCCAAAAAUGAUGGAUGAUGCUCAUGAAUUUGGUUUUAUUGGAAAAGUAAAACCUGAUAAUGAUUCUUUGAAUGUAUUUUCAAGAAUUGCAUAUGAAUGUUUGGCAAAAACUCAACUCGACCGUCCAACAAUUGAAGUCAUCAUCAAGGAACUUGAGAAAUCAUUAAAUUUCCAAGAAAACCGAAUAAAAACCCUCAAUAUUUCAUUAGGACGCAUAAAAUUGGGCGUAGAAUACUUCGGUUGCAACAGAAUGCUUUACAAAGGAAAAGUUAAAUACAAUAAUGGGCAUCAAAGAGUUAUUGUAAAGAGGUUUAGUCGCAUUUGGUAUUUAGUUGAUUCCGGGUUAUCAUCGGAUCGUGGUUUUCUUGAAGAGUUUGAAGUUCUUUUCAAAUAUAAACAUGAGAAUAUCAUUGGUCUUGCGGGCUAUUGUAAUAAAAUGGAUGAAAAAGUUAUUCUCAAUGAGAAUGCCUCCAAGGGAAGUCUCGAUAGAUAUUUGGAUGAUAUUAGUUUUUCAUGGACUAAACGACUUAAGAUAUGCAUUGAUAUUGCAAACGGGUUGAAGUUCCUGCAUGGAGGUGAUUUAGGGCAAGAUGUGGUGAUACAUAGAGACAUAAAAAGUUCCAACAUUCUACUAGAUAAGGAUUGUAAAGCAAAAAUUUGCGGGUUUGAGCGUGCCUUAGUAUAUCCAUCAAAUCAGGGGAAGGAGAUUGUGUAUGCCAUCGACAAUAUUAAAGGCUCGAGUGGCUAUAUGGAUCCGUUGUAUGAAGAAACACGUAUCUUGACCAAAGAAUCUGAUAUUUAUUCAUUUGGUGUGGUUUUAAUCGAAAUAUUGUGUGGGGGUUUGGGGCUUCCGGAGGAGUUGAGAUCUAGCCAUUAUGUUUCAUACGCUUUGUUUAAAGGUCGCUCUACAGAAGAAGCACUUAUGAAGAUAGUGUUUAAGGGAAUAAAGGAACAAAUCGGGCGAAAGUCAUUCACUAUAUUUCACAGGAUCGCACUACAAUGCUUACUCCAUGAGAGAAAAGGACGACCAACAUCUAGUGAUGUGGUUGUUCACCUUCAAAAAGCUUUGGAAUUCCAAGAGGCUUAUGAAUUGCGAAGGGCCAAAAUGCAUAGAAUCCACAAAGAAAUAAUCUCCAUGUCCCGUGAGAAUCACUCUUCAAUGGCGAAAAGAGAUAUCUAUAACAUACUCUCCAAGGGAAUCCUCCUUGAAGAUGACAAACGGGAGAUAAUUCAAGUCCUAAAGGGAACUCUGGAUCUGGAACAAUUCAUUCAGGAUGAAGAGGAUUAUGGCAUGUCAUUAUCACAUAAUCAAAGACAAUAA